GUGGACAAAGGUGUCGUGCCCCUGGCCGGGACAAACGGAGAGACCACCACCCAGGGGCUGGAUGGCCUGUCCGAGCGCUGCGCCCAGUACAAGAAGGACGGGGCUGACUUCGCCAAGUGGCGCUGUGUGCUGAAGAUCUCGGAGCACACUCCCUCUCACCUGGCCAUCCUGGAGAACGCCAACGUCCUGGCGCGCUACGCCAGCAUCUGCCAGCAGAACGGGAUUGUGCCCAUCGUGGAGCCGGAAAUCCUGCCCGAUGGGGACCAUGACCUGAAGCGCUGCCAGUACGUCACCGAGAAGGUGCUGGCAGCUGUGUACAAGGCGCUGAGCGACCACCACGUCUACCUGGAGGGGACGCUGCUGAAACCCAACAUGGUGACGCCCGGCCACGCCUGCACCAAGAAGUACAGCCAUGAGGAGAUCGCCAUGGCGACCGUCACCGCCCUGCGCCGCACCGUGCCGCCCGCUGUGCCCGGCAUCACCUUCCUGUCCGGCGGGCAGAGCGAGGAGGAGGCUUCGCUCAACCUCAACGCCAUCAACAAGUGCCCCCUGCACAGGCCCUGGGCCCUCACCUUCUCCUACGGCCGCGCCCUGCAAGCCUCCGCCCUCAAGGCCUGGGCUGGCAAGAAGGAGAACGCCAAGAACGCCCAGGAGGAGUACAUCAAACGGGCCCUGGCUAACAGCCUCGCCUGCCAGGGGAAAUACACCCCAAGUAGCCAGGGUGGAGCCGCUGCCAGCGAGUCCCUCUUCGUCUCCAACCACGCCU